CUGGGGUGGGGGGCAGGCUGGGAUUCAGAUUAAAGUGAUGACAGUGCUCUCCGUUACAGUUUACCAUGGAGGCCAACGGGUUGCGAGCGCAGAGUUUUCCGGAGCUGAAGAAUGACACGUUCCUGCGAGCAGCCUGGGGAGAGGAAACAGACUACACUCCCGUUUGGUGUAUGCGGCAGGCAGGCCGCUACUUACCAGAAUUUAGGGAAACCAGGGCUUCCCAGGACUUUUUCAGCACCUGUCGCUCCCCCGAAGCCUGCUGUGAGCUGACUCUGCAGCCCCUGCGGCGCUUCCCUCUGGAUGCUGCCAUUAUCUUCUCGGACAUCCUUGUUGUACCCCAGGCACUGGGCAUGGAGGUGACCAUGAUACCUGGCAAAGGACCCAGCUUUCCAGAACCAUUAAGAGAAGAGCGGGACCUAGAGCAUCUUCGGGAUCCAGCAGCAGUGGCCUCAGAGUUGGGCUAUGUGUUCCAGGCCAUCACACUAACCCGACAAAAGCUAGCUGGGCGUGUGCCACUGAUUGGCUUUGCUGGUGCCCCGUGGACUCUGAUGACAUACAUGAUUGAGGGUGGCAGCUCAAGCACCAUGGCUCAGGCCAAACGCUGGCUCUACCAGAGACCUCAGGCCAGUCACAAGCUGCUUCGCAUCCUCACUGAUGCUCUGGUCCCAUAUUUAGUAGGACAAGUGGCUGCUGGUGCCCAGGCGUUGCAGCUCUUUGAAUCCCACGCAGGGCAUCUUGGCUCAGAGCUGUUCAGCAAGUUUGCACUGCCCUACAUCCGAGAUGUGGCCAAGCGAGUGAAGGCUGGGCUUCAGGAAGCAGGCUUGGCACCAGUGCCCAUGAUUAUAUUUGCUAAGGAUGGACAUUUUGCCUUGGAAGAGCUGGCCCAGGCUGGCUAUGAGGUGGUUGGGAUUGACUGGACAGUGACCCCAAAGAAAGCUCGGGAACGUGUGGGGAAGAUGGUGACCUUGCAGGGCAACCUGGACCCCUGUGCUUUGUAUGCAUCUGAGGAGGAGAUAGGGCGGCUGGUGCAACAGAUGCUGGAUGACUUUGGGCCACAGCGCUAUAUUGCCAACCUUGGCCAUGGACUUUACCCUGACAUGGACCCAGAACAUGUAGGUGCCUUUGUGGAUGCUGUGCAUAAACAUUCACGUCUACUGCGGCAGAAUUAAGUGUCCACCUUUUCUCUCAAGUACCACUAAAACAAGUUAUUUCCAGGAGAAUAAAAGUUACAGAGUUGGA